UCAUCUGGAGGAAGUCGAUCCUUGCGCGCGGUGGUGGAAGUGGAAUAUGGGACAGUGUUCGUCAGCUUGAGAAGUGAAUGUUGAAAUGAGGGUGUGUUUUUUGCUUACCUGGACUACCAUUAGUGCUUAUUGAGAAAACAUAGAAGUUCUAUAUCUGUAUCUAUUUGGUUAACGCUGGCUACUAUUUUGAAAAAAGCGGAGUCCGGAUUAAAGGAUGCCAAGAAGGCUCUGAGUAGGGGCUCCAAGAUGAGUGUGACAUCAUGGUUUCUGGUCAGCAGCUCGGGCACGCGACACCGUUUGCCACCAGAGAUGAUCUUUGUGGGCCGGGAGGAGUGUGAGCUUAUGCUGCAGUCACGCAGUGUGGACAAGCAGCAUGCUGUUGUCAACUACGACCCUUCCACAGACGAGCACAUGGUGAAGGACCUGGGCAGCCUGAAUGGGACCUUUGUGAAUGAUCUGAGAAUCCCAGACCAGACGUACAUCACACUGAAGCUCUCCGACGUCAUCCGCUUUGGAUACGAUUCUCAUGUGUAUAUCCUGGAGAGGAGUCAACACAAGGUACCAGAGGAGGCUCUCAAACAUGAGAAGUACACCAGCCAGCUUCAGAUGAGCAUGAAGGCCCUGGAGGCCAGGAAAAGGGAGAAGGAGAGGCUGCAUGCUGAGAGGACCAAAGACUCAUUCCGCACCAAGCAGGAGAAACCCGAGAAUAAAGCACUCCUGUCUACAGUGAUGGCUGAGGCUCCAGUGUCCAGGCCUACUCCUCUGUAUGGACAGCCGUCGUGGUGGGGGGAUGACGAUGCUGAGCUCAGAGCAGCGCAGCGGCCAGAUGACGACCAUGCAGAGGCCGGUAAAGACGUCUUUCGACAGGAGGUGACUGGGCCGCUGUCGGACAGUAAGUCCAGGUCCAUCUUCUCGUACCGCAAGGAGCCCAGCUACUUCGAGAUCCCCACCAAGGAGUCCCAGCCACAGACACUCAACGAGGAUCCCACUAAGGACUCUGACCCCCGUGAGGUCCCGGCCUUGCCCACCACCACCCUGACCCCCACUCCCCCUGUGGUGCAGAGCCACGCCUCCUUCACCAUCGAGUUUGAUGAAUGCAUGCCGGGCAAGAUGAAAAUCAAGGACCACGUCACCAAGUUCUCCUUCCGCCAGCCACGCAAGCUCCCCGGCAAGGAGGCGGCCAUGACGACGCCCACCGAGGUGAUGUCGGCAGAGAACAAGGUGGCUGAUUGGCUGGUCCAGAGUGACAUGAACCGGAGGAGAUCUCGGACAGAAGACAUGUACGGUGACCUGCCCGACCACAACAGGACUUCCGCAUGCCACCGCCAUGAGAAUGACAGCAACCCAGGGGACCCUGUUGUGAACGGGAGGCAGGUUUUACAGUCAGAGCCACCGAUGGGGCCGCACACGUCGCUACCACCCGAGCUGUCCCCCUCUAUACCCUUCACCCCGCCUGAGUCCUCAGAGCCUCUGUCCAGCUCCCCUCCAGAGUCUCGCUCCCCUGUCCAGAGCCAGGGCAAAGCAGACCUCAAGCAGGCUUUCGUCAUUGAGUUCUUUGAUGACAGUCCACGCAGGAUCCGUUCGCAGUCCUUCAACACGGUUCCGCCUGACAGCCCGGACCUCAAGCACAAGCUGGAGAAGAUAUCAGGCCCUGGCACCCCCACUCAGCAAUACACCGUUCCACUGAAGGAUUCUGGUUCCGGCCCCCUGAGGGCCGGCUCCCUGAGGAGGGAGAAGACCGAGGAUCGGAUCAGUACCGGCUUCUCUUCGCGCUCUGCCUCCGUAACUCCCAGACCGUUUCGGAGUGUUGGCCGCAGGUCCAAACUGGCCCAGGAUUUCAAGACUGAGUUCCUGAGAGUGUCCGGACAGGAGUCUAAACCGAGCAUGAACACGACCUGGGAGAGGUCUUCCUCUGGGUCUCCGACGGCUAGCCCGCCUCCAACAGUGGUGGCGGCUGUUUCCCAGCAGACUCCACCAAGCCCCCCUCCUCCCCCUGUCCCGUACUUGGCUCAGACCUCAUCCCCUGUCCACCAAACUGUGGCCCUGAAAGCCCCUGUGAUGCCGGUUGCCCUGCCCCCACAUGAGCCCCCGCCCCCCACGGAGGUCGGAACCCCGAAAGGCCUGGGGAAUGAGGAGGACGAUACCCUGAGUGAAGCCGGCACUUACACAAUUGAGACAGAGGUCCAGGAUAAGGAGGUGGAGGAGGCGCGUAGCAAGAUCAACCAGGUGUUUGGUGUUGAGGGCCCAGAGGAGCCCAGCCAGACUACUGCUGCAGCAUAUAAACCUAUUAAGGCUCAGGACAGGGAGGAGCAUAGACAGAGUAGCUCUGUGGAUCUAAGACCAGCCCCAGGCCAGGGGCUGAGUCUGGUACAGGUGCCUGGGGGAUCGAAGUGGGUUUCUCGUUGGGCCAGCCUGGCAGACAGUUACACGGACUCGUCCCUCGCUUCACACUUCUAUAAUAUCCCCUCACAGAUGGAGCUGUCCGAAGUCGGUGGGAGGGUGGCCCACCAGGAGAAACUCAGUCGGAACAUCAACCCUGUGGACGUGGAGUGCCGGGGUUCCAGAACACGGCGGAUUCUGCCCCAGGCGCCGUCAAUGGAGAAGAACGAUGCUUCUGCUCCCACCAAUCCUGUCCAUCAGGACAGAUAUUCGACCUAUGAUCUCAGAGAGAGGAGUUCCAGAGCCCCGCACCCAGACAAGGACCACCUCAAGCUGGCUGUCCAGAAUGAUCUGGAUCCGGACAGUCUGAGUGAGUCGGAUGAUUGCUCCGUUGUGGAGCAUAGGAAGACGCCCACACCGGAGAGAACCGACGGCAGUUCCACUCGGAGCAGAGAAGACGAGAGGCCAAGUUUUGCAGCCAAAUCGACAUCAUUUUACAUCGGCUCUGAGGAGACCGUUUCCAAACCGGGGCGGACAUCCGUUCCCAAUACACCCAAGGCUGAGAGAAAACAACCACCGUCUUCCAAGACGCCACAGUUCUCCACAGCCACCCUCACCAAACAAUGGGUUGGACCCGACUCACAGAAGGCAGUCAAGCCCAACUCAUCUGUUCCCAACCUGGAAUGCCAGGUCAAAGUUAUCCCUCAGCCCAAGGAGCUCUCAGUGUCUCUGGUCCGGCAGGAGAGCUUCACUAAGGACCGUCCCAGUGAUGCUGCCCAGGUCACCAAACUCCCCCACAUCUCAAGCCAGCCUCUUAUGAGUUACACAGAACCUGCUGAGGCCUUCCAGGCUGUCGACAGUCACGACACCCACUCUUACCUCCAGGAGACCGCGGAUGCUCUGUCUGCCCUGGAGGCCAAACUCCAGGCCCAGCCGCCUGACGGCGCUGCUCCACCCAUCCACGACUCCCUGUCGGGCGAGUCCGACAUGGACUCCGCCAGCACCGCCAGCCAACGCAGCAAUCGGAUUACUCCAGCGACUGGGUUCAAGAAGCCCUCUGUUACCAGUGGCCUUCAGAGGGAGAGAUCCUCUGUCCAGGAGCCCAGUCGCCAGCCUUCAACCCGCUCUUCCACGUCAGAGAAGCCGCAGUUCCAGGGGUCAGGCAGUAACCGUGAGCUAGGCAGGAGGCUGGGGAUAAGACGCUCUGUUGGUAAACCUGGCCCCGUGGACCUGGGUGACGACCUCCAGAGUUCCAGCUCGCCCAGGUGGCCCGACACUGCCUCCUCGGACCAGGAGCUCUCCCGACCCGCCGCGGACAAAAAUACAGUGCAGAAAGAAGAUCCCUCAAAGUCUUCCAGAGUGGCCCAGGCCCUGAGCCGCUCCAACAGUAUGUCUGCCCCACGCCCCACCAGGGCCUCCAUGCUCCGCCGGGCCCGCCUAGGAGAUGCAUCCGACACUGAGGCCACGGAGCCGGACAGGACCUCCCAGAACUCCCAGGAAGCCAAUGGGACCGCUAGGGCCAGCCAAGACAGUAAAAAGCAGCUUUCCAGGCUGGACAUGCUAGCUAUGCCCCGGAAGAGGACCAGCUCCUUCACCACUCCCAGUGAUACAGAGUCCCCCGCCCCCCGGACCGGCUUCUCCAACCGUAGCACAGAGUCCAGCGGCGGCUCUGGUCGUAAGGCCUCCACGGCCGUGCCGAUCUCCAAGCCUGCGCUGGGCAGGGAUCCCACGAAGCCCAUCCCCCGGGGCCACUCCAGCAGUCUGAAAUACACCAGCAGCACAGCCAGCUCCAGGCGACGACAGAAAGGUUCUGACUACACCUCCACUUCGGAGGAGGAGUAUGACUCUGGUAACCAGACCGCCCCUAAACACAAACGCUCACACACACCCUCAGCCUCCCGCUCCCAGCCCCUCAUCCCCCUCCGCCCCAAACCCCGCCCCCGAGAUUCAGACCAGGAGAGCCACGAAGGAGAUGCCUACCAGAGCUGGUCCUCCCACAGUGCAGAGAUAGCGAGACUAAGUCAAGACCUGGCUAAAGAUCUGGCCAUCCUUGCCAGGGAGAUCCAUGAUGUGGCUGGUGAUGCUGAUCCUCAGAGCUCCAAUGGAGUGGAGGCCAACUCCUCUACCAAGACAACCCAGGAGGAGUUGGUCCAUUCAGUCCCUGAGGCUGGUGUGAACUUCCAGAGAGUCCAUAAUGGGUCAGCUACAGGCAGGCCCCCUGACCAGAUGAUGAAUAACCAGGAACACAAAUCUAUGCACGGAGGUUGGAACCAGGAAGAGGAUUCUGUGGAUGGUCUGAUGUUGACUCCCCUAUCCCAGAUCUCUCUGGCUAUUAGAGAAAACACAGAGCAACUAGCAGAGAAAAUAAAGGUGCUAUUCCAUAACAAAGCAGACAUUUGGGAGGAGAUUGAAGCAAAGCUCAGUGCUGACAACGACAUGCCCAUCCUGAAAAGCUCAAACAAGGAAAUCUCGUCUAUUCUGAAAGAGCUCAGACGAGUUCAGAAACAACUUGAGGUCAUCAACACUAUAAUUGAACCAAGUGUGUACCUUGAAACACCCGAAGCCUGCACUCCUAGGGCCCCCUCCUCAGCCGGGGUGAAGCCAUCCAGGGCCCCGUCAAGAAACUGGAGUUCCUCAAGUUCCCAACGGGGUGGUGGCCCCCCUGCCAGCUCCAGGCCCAGUGAGAGCAUCAAGAGGCUGGCUAUGUCCUCAGAAACAGAAAGCUAUGUGGUCUGAUGUCCUAGAAGACAGUGCCUACUCUACUGCUGAGCAGCAACCCCAGGUGUUGAGUGGAUUUGAGAAGGGGAAAUGGCACUGCAGGAACUGUGGCUCCACUGCACAAGAACACUACAGUAAUGUGUGCAUUAUUAGACAACUGAAAUGCAUUUUGAGCUGCCAUGGCAGAUUGUAACACACACACACCCAUGCGAUUUAAGACAAGGCCACGCGAUUUAAGACAAGGCCACAUAUAGUGCCAUACCUCAGUUAAUCUUAAGUUCACACUAGAAAGCAUACUUGAUUACUGGUUUUUUGUUGAUCAGUUUCUGUGAUUUGAAUAAUUGUUGCUGUAAUCAACUUAGAGCACAGUAUAGUUAACACAAGAUAUUAUGGACGUAUUGGUUACUGAAGUAAUAUAGUAAGGUGAAAAUUAAAGCAAUGAGUUGUGUGUAUGUGUGGCCAAAUUCAUUUUGGUGUUCUCCUAGAUUCAUUGAUUAGCCAGGGACGGGGUUUGUCUAAAACUUCAGUGAUUCCUUCUUCACAACUUUCCCACUCUAUGGACCAGACUUGUUAUAUAAACUUGAGUUUAAAAGUUGUCUCUUGCAUGCUUUUGAGCUAAGAGAAAUGGUUGUCUUUCUGGUUUCUUAAGAGAGGCAUUUUUAGGAUUCAAUGUAGGAAUGUCUCUGGGAGUCGCUGCUUUUCAAGGUAUCUCAUUGCCAGUGCAAACCUAUUUAUUCUCUAGAUAAAAAGUAGAAUUCAGGUCUUCUUUCUCAUGCACAGUCAGACACUAAAUGUUUCUUUUUUUCAAAGCACUAACAAUUUGUCUAAGAAUGUAUGUAUGUGGGUUGGGCGGGCGGGGGCAGGAGGGCUUUUGGUACUUGGGUAGAACAUUUAGGGUUAGUCACCUGGCUUCUGUCCGGAGGAGCUGUGGUGCCCUGCUAAGAGAUGUUAAACUAAAGGACAGGCCUUCUACCAGCUGGCUCCUAUGUUGGAUUGUCAUAAUGGGUCAGUUGUUUGCAGGUAUGUUAGAGAUCUCAUAUCAGCGUUCUUUUCCCUUCUUUUGAUCCAUUCCUGAUUUCCCUUUUGUGUUCAAUCAUCCGUGGCCUGAAUUUGACCAAAGAACCUUUGUAAAUGUUAUGAACACUACCAACUCCAAUGCUGUCCAGAGAUUUCCUCCAAUAUUGUUGCUGGUCACGGCCUCAUAUUUCAGUAAGCACGCCAUACUCUAUGAGCUCCUGUCCAUAAUGCCAUGUAAGGAGGGCUGUAUGGCUGUUUACACUGGCGGACCAAUUCCAAAUGCUUUACAACCAUUUGUUCUUUUCACCAAUCUGAUCAGCUGUGAAAGAUCUGAUGGGAAAAAAGAUGAUAUCCUUGUCUAAAAUAUUGGAAUUGGGUACUGUGUAAACCCAGCCUAUUAUGUUGUGUCAACAUCAAUAUACGCCUGCUGUUCAUUUUUUUUUUGUGACAAUUGAAUCGGCAGUAAUUGUGUGUGUGUAUGUAAUCAAAAUAUUUCAUGUACAAAUCGAAGCGUUUAUGAUCUAGAUUAACUUGUAUUUUGCACUAAUGUUGUACCAUUGGGUCCCUUAAACCUUAUAUGCUGAAAUGCCAUACUUUAAGCCCCCUUUUAAAAAGGUGAGUAGCUUCCAUUCUGUUGAAUUAUUAUAAGUACAUGCUUCCUAUCCAGAUACCAAGGAAGCUGAGAAUGCAAUUUAAUGAAUGGCUUGCUGUUCAUCACAAAUGCUUUUUCUAUCCAUUUGGUGUACUGUAGCCUGCUGUACAUACCAUUUAAACAGGAAUUUCCCCCUUUACCACAGAGCUUUUUGGGAUAUAUGGUGUCAUACACAAAGUAGGCUACAGAACUUGUUUACACUUAUGAUCUCAAUUCAAUGAGAUUUUGGUCUCUGUUCUAAAGUGCUGCUGCUAUUCGGCUUUGUUUUAUCUCUUGUAGUCAAUUACUUAAAUGAGUCCUGUUCUGUAUACCCAGUCCAGAUCCCCUAGUCACCAUUAUUAUUUGUACCCUUAAAGACGUGAAAUACCUUUUGUUGGUUUCCUGAAUAAAUUAUAAUAAUUUUGUGCCUAAUAUAGAAAAUGUAUAGUUGUUUUGUAAUAAACUGAUGUGUAAUAAAUAAUUUUGUUUUAAUUUUCCAACGGCUUCUGUUUGACAAUAUAGUAAGGAUAAAGUGGUAGUUUACAAAAUGUUUCAGUUGUUUUCAUAAGUCC